CUGUCUUCCAAAAAGAAGAGAUUGCCAGAACAGACAAGCCGGGCAUUGCAAGAAGGUGCUUCAGGACUCAAUUGGCUUUUUUGGGAUCUGCCAUCUGCCAUCUGGCCCAAAUUGUCCGUCCACAUCGUCCUCGCCAGUCCUGAAAUCCGUCAUUGAUCGCAUCGUCAUCCAGCAAAUCGUGACGCGGCCAAGCUCCUCUCUCUCUCAUAUUGUGGCAGCUUCAGGCGGGCAUCCUAACCACCAGCCUUCUCCAGCAUGGCUCCCAGACGCUGGUUCGACCCGAGAAGACUGCUGGGCUUUGACAACCCGCGCUCUCGAACUCGCUCCCACUCCGGAAGAGAUUGGUGGCACGAGUCUCACCAACGACUGCUCCCCAGCUACGUGGACGAGGCCCUGCAGUCCGCCAUUCCCGCCCCGGAGGUCACCAAGGUCGCCCUGCGCCUGCGCCAUCUCGUCGAGGAGGCCGUGCCCGUCGAGAUAGACGAGGAGCAGAUCACGAGGCCCCACUCCAAGGUCAUCACCAAGAAGGUCAUCCAGGCUGCCAAGGAGGCCGGUGGCUCGCAGAACGCCGCAUGUGUCGUCUACUGUCUGCUCGUGUGCAAGCGCUGGUUCAAGCAGCAGUCUCUGGCCGAGCUCUGGGACUGUGACCUGCACGCCCUGAGGGCCACCGCCUGCGAGGUCAUCUCCAAGCAAAUCAUCGAGACCGAGGACGACCAGGAGUACCUGCUGCACUCGGUCCUCCUCAAGCGCUACUCUAUCGUCGUCGACAACCAGUCCACCCCGCCCAGCAAUGUCAUCGAGAAGGCCGUCGACCUGCACGCCUUGCGCGUCAUCGGCUCCUCCGGCUACCAGAAGUGCGUCAGCUAUCUCUGGAAGGGCUGGCUGGUCCAGGACGAGAACGAUCCCGCCAGCUUCGUCGACUUCAAGGACAAGGACAACACCACCUUCCAUGUCCACCUCGACCCGGACCGCAUGCGCGCCCCAAUGUACCAGAACGCCGCCCAGCUUCUCAUCUCCCUCAUCUACCUCGGCCUGUACACCGGUGCUAUCAACUCUAUCAACAGGGAUGCCGACGUGGAUUUCGUCGAGAUUCUGCUCUACCUCUUUACGCUGGGCUUCGUCUUUGACGAGUUCACCAAGUUUUGGAAAGCUGGCUACCACAUCUGGGGCUUUUGGACCGCAUUCAAUGCCCUACUUUACGCCCUGCUCACCACAAGUCUUGCUAUCCGCUUCGCUGCUCUCAGCCACGAAGAGUCCCCACCGCCUAACGAUCCGGGCCCCCGCGAGAAGCUAAACAUACUAUCCUACAACUUCCUCGCCUGCUGUGCGCCCAUGUUCUGGAUGCGCCUCCUGCUGUACCUCGACAGCUUCCGCUUCUUUGGCGCGAUGCUGGUCGUCCUCAAGGUCAUGAUGAAGGAAUCUAUCAUCUUUUUUGCACUCCUGGCUGUAAUUGUCAUCGGCUUUAUGCAGGCUUUUGUGGGGCUGGACAAGGCCGACGAUAACAUCACCGACAUCAAGUUCAUCUCCCAAGCUAUGGCCAACGCCCUGAUGCAGUCCCCCGACUUUGACGGUUUCGACAGGUUUGGUGCGCCGUUUGGUCUCAUCCUAUACUACCUGUUCACAUUCGUCGUCAUGGUUGUACUCCUCAACAUCCUCAUUGCCCUGUACAACUCUGCGUACGAGGACAUUUACACCAACGCAAACGACGAAUAUCUCGCCCUCUUCGCCCAGAAAACAAUGCAGUUCGUUCGCGCACCCGACGAGAACGUCUUCAUCGCCCCGUUCAACCUCAUCGAGGUGUUCUGCCUGGCCGCCCCGCUCGAGUGGUGGAUGCCCAAGAAGCAGUACGAGAAGCUCAACGACGUGGUCAUGGCCGUCAUAUACUCCCCGCUGCUGGUGGUGGCCGCCUACUUUGAGACAAAGAGCGCGCAGGAGAUCCGCGCCAACCGCGCCCGCGGCGAUGACGACGAUGACACCAUCGAGGAAUGGGAGCAGAUGGCCGACCAGAUCGACUUUGAGAGCGACGGCUGGAACAAGACGGUCAACCAGGCCAGGACCAACCUCGAGGUCGACGCUACCGUUGUUGAGGUGCAGAAGCUGCGGUCCGAGGUCGAGAAGCUGCAGGAACUUGUCCUCCAGCUGACCAAGUCCAUGGGCAAGAGUGGUGGCGGUGGCAAUGGCGAGAAGUCAACUGCUGGUCUUAGUAGGACCAGUACCGCCGUCGCAGACAGUCAGCUCAUAGACUCGCCCGGUGAUGAUGACGGGCACCUCGAAACAGACCCCAUGGACUAAAUUUUAUGAGGGUGCUUCGGUGGUAGAACUUUUGGUGAAGAUGUCGCCGUGGUCACAAAUGAAGUCCAGAGAGAACGGGGUUAAUCAUGGCAAGGCAUUAGGUGUUGGUGGAGGCGGUGCACAACAGAUUGGUGAUUCGUGGAUACACCAGAGGCACUGGUUUCUUUUACUGCGUUGGCUCGGCAGGAGUUUUGAGUUUGCUCUCAGGUUCAUGAUUGGCUUUUACUUGCGCAGGCGUCUGUAGCGAAGUGGCUUUGACAAGUACCUCUGUUCUUGCGACACGACUGAAUUAAUGAUGCUACGCAACAAAGCAAUUCUCACCGUC